UCUCCAGAGCUCUUCACGGUGUCCAAGGAUAAGUCUAUCCACGUCCUGACAGUGGAGGAGGGCCGGCUGGAGACGCGCUUCUCCAAGGCUCACAGCUCAGCCCUCAACUGUGUGCUGCCUAUCAAUGACCACGUCUUUGCUACGGGGGAUGACGGUGGCGCGCUGAAGGUGUGGGACUUGCGUAAAGGGGCCACGGUCCUGGAGGCCCGGCAGCACGAGGAAUACAUCAGCGCUAUGGCUGUGGAUGGUAAUGGGAAGCUCCUGCUGACUGCCAGCGGUGAUGGCACCUUGGGCGUCUUCAACAUCAAGAGACGGCGCUUUGAGCUGCUCUCAGAGCCGCAGAACGGGGACCUGACAUCCGUUGUGCUCCUGAAGAGGGGGAAGAAAGUGGCUUGUGGCUCCAGCGAGGGGACAAUCUACCUCUUCAACUGGGAUGGCUUUGGGGCCACCAGUGACCGCUUCGCUCUGAGGGCCGAGUCCAUCGACUGCAUGGUCCCCAUCACAGAGAACAUCGUGUGCACAGGGUCCCUUGAUGGAGUCAUCAGGGCAGUGAACGUCUUGCCGAACCGGGUGCUGGGCUGCGUCGGGCAGCACGCGGGGGAGCCCAUCGAGCAGCUGGCCGUGGCCCCUGGGGGGCAGCUCCUGGCCAGCUGCGCCCACGACCAGAAGGUGAAGUUCUGGGACAUCUCCUCGCUGGCCUCCGUCGUGGUGGACGACUACCGGAAGAAGAAGAAGAAGGGAGGGCCGCUGAAGGCCCUGAGCAGCAAGGCUGCGGGCGGCGGCGAGGACUUCUUUGCGGAUCUGCGCGAGGAGCCGGAGGCGGUGGAGGAAGCGGCAACGGGGAGCGACAGCGAUGACAGUGACUGAGGCGGGGCACGUAGCCCUGGGAGCCAGGCCAGGGCGCCCAGCGCCCCGGAGGUCGGGGCCCGGGUACGGGGGGGCCGGGCCGGCACGGCAGAGGUCCGGGGCGGG